AUGCAUUGGCCUGAAUUACAUGCUUUAUUUAAAGCACCUACAGAUUGUGAGAUUGGUAAUUCUACCAGUGAGCUAAGACGGCAAAAUGUUAUUAACAAUCCCCAUAUUGUAGAUUGGUUUUUCACCCAAAGAUUCGAAAGCCUUGUAAAACACUGGCUUUAUGAUACACUUGGUGCAAAAUGGCACUGGUUUCAAUAUGAAUAUCAAGGUAGAGGUAGUAUCCAUUGUCAUGGUACUGCUAAACUAAAGAAUGACCCAGGUUUGUGUCAACUUACUCAGAUGGCUUUGAAAGGUUUCUUAGCAUACAAAUUUAAAUGA